CUCAGCUCAGUCAGGUGUAGACGGUGGUUCGAAGUGGUUCCCUUUUUCGCUAGCUCCUGCCCAUUUCUAGAUCCUUAGCAGUAAUCCUGGGUCACUGUGGAUUGGAGUGUGACUGCAGGAGAGAAAAAAGUGCUGCUGCUGCUGCUGCUGUAGAGUAGUGAAAAUGAGUGAAGAAAAUUGAUGUGAAAAACGAAUUUGAAUCUCGUCUGGCUGACACCCAUUUCGAGAAACGUCGGAAAGAUGCAGCGGAAAAGGGAAUGUGCUCCUGGAAAAUUCCCAUUCCAAUUAGUGUGAAGAAAAUUGAUCGUUAUCGGAAAAAAUCGGAUCUGAUGCGGUGGAAAAUGAAAAAAGGCCGUUGUUAGGUGAAAGUAGAAGGUGAAAAAAAAGAUCUCAGAAGAAGCUGCAAAAUGAUGGAUAGAAAGUGAAAUUUUUUAUCGAAUAGAGCUUGAACCACUCGAAGCUAAGGCGGAAAACGAAGAAGAUAGCAGAAAGCUUCUCCACACCUUUGGAGGAAAAAGUAGCAAACGGAAAACGGAGAGCCCGUAAAACCGAACGGAACAAGAGAGGAAAAUCAGGAAAAAUUACCUCCAGAAUCAAGCGCAACAUCUUCAGAAUGGCCCCAGGCCAUUACUUCUGGGCGGUAUUCUACUUUGCCUGUCUGUGCAGUGCGUCUCUUGCAAACAACGCCAAGGUAAACUUCCGCGAGAAGGAGAAGAAAAUCCUCGAUCAGAUCCUCGGUUCCGGUAAAUAUGACGCCCGAAUCCGUCCAUCGGGCAUCAAUGGCACAGAUGAUAAGGCUACACAAGUGCUCGUCAACAUGUUCCUAAGAUCGAUCUCGAAAAUCGACGAUUACAAAAUGGAAUACAGCGUACAGCUAACAUUCCGAGAGCAGUGGCUGGACGAACGGCUCAAAUUCGACGAUAUCGGAGGCCGCCUCAAGUACCUGACGUUGACCGAUCCGAACCGCGUCUGGAUGCCGGAUCUUUUCUUCUCCAACGAAAAGGAGGGACACUUCCACAACAUCAUCAUGCCGAACGUGUACAUUCGAAUCUUCCCGUACGGUUCCGUGCUGUACAGUAUACGAAUCUCGCUGACGCUGGCCUGCCCGAUGAACCUGAAGCUGUACCCGCUGGAUCGGCAGGUCUGCUCGCUCCGAAUGGCUAGCUACGGCUGGACAACCGCUGAUUUGGUGUUCCUGUGGAAGGAAGGCGACCCGGUGCAAGUGGUGAAAAACUUACACCUACCACGCUUCACGCUGGAGAAGUUCUUAACUGAUUACUGUAACAGUAAAACAAUUACCGGUGAAUACAGUUGCCUCAAGGUGGACCUGCUGUUCAAGCGUGAGUUCUCGUACUACCUGAUCCAGAUCUACAUUCCCUGCUGCAUGUUGGUCAUCGUGUCCUGGGUGUCCUUCUGGCUAGAUCAGGGUGCGGUACCGGCCCGGGUCUCACUCGGUGUCACCACUCUGCUCACCAUGGCAACGCAGACCUCCGGUAUCAACGCGUCACUUCCGCCCGUAUCGUACACCAAAGCUAUCGACGUGUGGACCGGCGUCUGUUUGACGUUUGUAUUCGGGGCACUGCUGGAGUUUGCCCUGGUUAACUAUGCGUCCCGUUCAGCGGAUAGAGCUGCGGAUAUGCACCGGGAGAACAUGAAGAAGAAACGACGCGAGCUGGAACAGGCCAGCUUGGAUGCGGCAUCGGACCUGCUGGACACGGACAGCAAUGCCACCUUUGCGAUGAAACCCCUGGUACGCCACCCGGGCGAUCCGCUGGCGUUGGAAAAGCUGCGACAGUGCGAGGUUCACAUGCAGGCCCCCAAACGGCCCAACUGCUGCCGGAGUUGGUUGUCCAAGUUUCCCACCAGCCCAUUGAAGCAGAUUCCGUGCUUCGGAAGGGGACAAUGCUCUCGCUCGAAACGGAUCGACGUCAUUUCCCGGAUAACGUUCCCGCUGGUGUUCGCCCUGUUCAACCUGGUCUACUGGAGCACCUAUCUCUUCCGAGAAGAGGAGGAAGAUUAGAUUACAACAACGGUGGUAGCAGCAUUCAUUACGGUUAUUGACAAUUAUAAAUAUUACCAACUAGUGAUGACAACGUUACGUGGGCAAGGGUUGAAUAGAUUUAAAACUAUAGAUAUCGUGGAAAAAAAACCAACAGAAAUGAUAAGAUUAACAAUAGUAAUUUAUACGAAACACAGAAACAGAUAGUAAAAUAAAUGCGUUUUUAAAUCAAAAUAAUCUACACAGUGACAGGAGUAUUACUGUUAGAGGAUCCACACAAGAAAAGUACUGCUCAAGAAGAGAUAAAUACUUCAACUGUCAGAUGAGAAUAGUGAACAACAAAAGCCAUUUUUAAAGCAGGAAAAAUCGUACUUCCAAAUUCAGUCUACUUUUAAAAAAGCAUUCGAGCUCAAGCACCAACGCUCACACCUUUCUACCAUAUAUGUGAACAGGUACGGUCACAUUAACACAGAUAAGCGUAAGCCAAAUGAAACAGAAAACGGAACUCACCAAGUGAGAGCCAGCAAACGGUCACCAACUACACCAUACAUGACAACACGUCAAACGUCACAUCUCGUUAGAAAUUAGCAAAACACACCUAGGGAACGUCACGCGAGAGCCUAAUAGUUGUAAAAAAAUCAUGUAUAACAACCAUAAGAUAUUACCAGAGUACAGUUAUAACACUACUCAGCAGAACUUAUGAAUGUCUAAACGUAUAAACACUUUUGAUAACUGUGCGACACAAGAAACUCACACUCGCCUACUGGGGUAGCCGGGAUAGAAUGAGCUCGUUGUAUUGAUGGAUACCCGCCCGGUCCGCUGUCAUAGCUCUCUCUCAUCGUGAAACUUACCCUAUUCCCCGUGUCAGAGUAGAUGUAAUACUGUUCCGAUCAAAUCGGUUUCCAGCUGUCAACCGACUUCCCCAUUCGAAUACAAAUCAUAAAAAUCAUAGAAGCAAAUGAUGGUUGCACACUAGCUCCAUCUGUUCCUUUCGUUUACCGAAUGGCUCUUCUUCAUAUCUUAAGCGAAGUAUGCAUUUUAGAAUACCUAGUUGCUUUCGGCUUAAAUAGAAAAUAAAUUUCGGCUGCACGGUACUAAGCACCAUCUGUUGGGGUGCAGCUGAAACUUGAUUAGAAAAUAGCAGUCACUUCCAUCCGUGAAUUCAUACGGAGUUUUGGCUUAUUUUAUGUUGGAAUUUCGGAUCAAAUACAACUUUUCUUCGUCAUUAUGAUUCCGCAAGUUAGAGAUUGAUUCCCAUAAAACUUCUAUAAAAGAUAUAGCAUUCAAAACAAAAUCCGCAUAAUCCACAUCGUGAUCCUCAUGCCACAGAGGCGCACCACGACUUCCUACCGAUCUUCGUAUUUCAUCUUCUAUAGUGUCACUAUUAUCUUCAGCCAAAUUGGCUUAAGUGCAUGCCAAUCCAACGGAUCUGUGCUGAAAAUGUGGAGAAACACAAUGUGACAAUCCUAAUCUAGUUUUUUGUAUCUACUGUCGAAAUCUUUCUUUCCGAAAUGGACAUUUCGAACCAGAUAUGAGUAAGAACAAUUCGGUGUACAGACGGUGAAAAAGAAGCGAAACUUCAUGAACGUAAUCAAUUAUGUUUUACAUCAACCUAACACUAAUUACCUAAAAUUGGCCGAGUAACCUUCGCUUGUCAAUUAAGCUUCGUAAAACCCGUUCCAAAUAUAUUAGAAUAUGAAAAGCGGAUAUAAACUUCUAAUAUAAAAAUCGGACUGAGGCUCUCCUUAGUAAGAGUCGCAUAAAAAAACCUUCAGUAUAAAACCCGGAAAAAAUAUAUCCGAUUCUUAGUAGUUUUUUUAGCCGACUUUUAAUCUAGAACAUCAAAAUAUAUGGAUGCUCCUGCGUAGUUUUAUUUUUAACCGGUUUUUACACUGGAGGUUCAACCUUGCCAAGUUUUACGAAUGAGACGUUCGUAAGCGAUUCUUAUGCCCGAGGAUCUCUAUCCGAUUUUUACGCUUGACUUUUAUUUCCAAUUUUUAUAUUCUAAUAUAUUUGAAACGGGUUUUACGAAGCAUAUUCUCUCCCUGCGAUUUUUAUUUUCGGUCGCUCAAUUCUCGGUGGUUUAUUUACAUAGGAAUUACGUGAGUUCGAAUGUAACAGAUGAACAUCCGUUACGUUGGAUCUCACGUAACGAACAGAUAAAGACUCUGAAUCCCUCUGGAUAAAGACUCGCCAUCUGUUUCUUUUUCUUAUUAUUUACAUGGCAGUGUCAUUCCAAUCAAGCACGAGACCUGUCAAAAACACUCAAUCCGAAGAAAAUCGCUACGAAUCCUUCUGGAACGAGGGCCAUUGACAGGUCUCGUGCUCGAUUGGAAUGACACUGACAGAUAAAUGGUAAACAAACCGAUAGACGUGUCGAGUCUUUAUCCAGAGGGAUUGAGCGUCGUUACGAACGGAGUAAACAAACCACCGAGAACUGUCAAACAUGAAGUUCAUUCCGGGUUUAUUCCUGUCGCCAUCUUGUAAAACUCAAUUCUGUCCAUGUAGAUUCGCGUUGCUUGCUUCGAUUUUCACGUCUAUAUGCAAAGCGGAGAAAUUGAUAAGAGUUUGAUUCCAAAGAAUAGCUCCAAUCACACCGAGUUUUCGUUCAUAUCUUGAAGCUGUCAUAUUCUAUUGUUUCCAAACAAAAACUGAAUCAUGAAAUGUUUCGAUUAAAGUCAUUUAACAAUAGGGCCAUUUAAUGAAGCGAUUCAUUUGAAUACACACAUCGAUAGAUCUCAACAUGAGCAAUCCUUGAAACUUCAAAAUGAUUUGUAUCUGCUACGAAAUUUUCAAAAUGUCUUUGUUUGACACUAUCGAUACUUGACAAUGGUUUCAGCCAUAUCGAUUAGCAUCUUUGAGAGUUAAUUCAGGAAGAGGAUAAGAGUUAAGAUGGUUUGCAAUUAAAAUUGUUAAAAUAAUUACUCCAUGCACGCACAAAAAAUUCGUAAAGCAGUUGGACUACGUAUCUUUAACGUCAGCUGCGUCAGAAAAGACCAACAACGCAUGGCCUAAUAACCCAUUUGGGUAAUUGAGCCACAUGCUGUUUUUAUUUAUUUCCGAUGCAACUAACGUUAAAGAUAAGGAGUCGAACAUUUUUUUCACUUUUUUGUAAGCGAGAUAACCAAUGCAAAUUAUUUUAUAUUAUUUAUUUAUUACGACAUCUUCCAUUGAACUACCAUGAUCCCUAUCCUUUUGCUGAGAAACCUGUCAAAAAUGCUAACCCAUAUGGCUAAAUUCACCAUCAAAGUAGACUGGUGGUGUCAAAUGAGCACCUGUUUUUAUUUUCGUAGAGAAUCAAUUUAAAAUCAUUCUGAAGUUUUAAGAUGAACUCUAUUGGUUUAUGCAAUAAAAGAAGCAUUUUUUUGAAAAAUAACAAACCCUAAAACUGCAUAGUCAUCGCGAGUGUUCGAAUAGAGUACAUAUUAAAAGUAUAGGGAAGUACACGGAUUAGACGCAUUAGAUUUAAUUACAAAAUCAAAGAUGAGUUUCCCUUCCCCAUUAGUAGGACUAAGCACAGGCGCAAACAUAAUGAAUGACAAGUGUAGAGGAGUGCGUAACCGGUGUGUUAAGUAGGAACUGAUGAACCCCGAUUUCCCGAUUUGUUGUGAUAGUGUCGUGAAACUAUACUACUUAUAGAAAA